CCCAACAUUGCUCUUAACCGGAAGACGUGGGAGACCUUUCAUUCAUGGGCUCAGGCCGGGUUCGAUCAUAGGGACUACAUUGCUGAAGAAAAGCUCAUUCAGGCCGAUUUGAGCCCGGGUCCUAUGGAGGAAGAGAGGAUUACCGGUCUAAGGCUCCUCCGUCAGAUGAAGAAGAGGAAGAAGCGGGCUGCCAAGAAGGCACACGUGGAACCCUCAAGGACCCCUACCCUUGAACCCGAUCUCCCGCAAGUCCCCUCUUUGGGGCCUGAGCUCCCUAAUGCCCCUCCCGUGAUAGACUUGGAGGGGGACUUACCACCUCAGGGGCCUGAAACGGCAGCAGAGUCGAUCGCUGGGCCAGUCGGGGCUGCCGCUGAAGUCCCAAAUCCCACUGGGGCUGCUACCGAGGUCCCAAAUCCUGUCGGGGCUGCUGCCGAGGACUGAGGAGGAGGCAGAGAGCAUCAUGAAUCCCGAUAUCAGCCUUGAAAGAAGUAAGAGGGUUGUUAUAACUGCGGAGGUUGUAGAUUGGGUCGAACUCUCUCCUGGUCAGCUCGGGGCCCGCGCUGCAACCCAUGCCAUGGUGGUGAACACUGCUGUGCACGCACUGACCUUUCAGUUCGACAAACACUUGAGGCGUGCUCUGGCUGCUGAGGAGUCAUCUAGCGCGGCUCACACUGAGCUGAGGGCAGCUUGGGGCAAGAUUCACCAGUUGGAAAGUGACGCUACCACCCAGAAGAGCUUUAUCGAAGCCCUGCUGUUGGAGAAGGAGGAGCUGGCCCGCGAGAGGAUUAGGCUGAAGGCCGAGGUGAACAGGCUCAGAGCAGGUCAGGAAGCCUUGAAGCUCGAGGCGGAGAGUCUCAAGGCGUGUCAGAGGGCUUCACAGCUUGAGGUGCAGGGGCUCAAGGAAGCCAAGGGGGCCUUGGAGCAUGAGGUGGAGUACCUCAAAGCUGACAUCAAGGAGAAGACCGAGAUCUUCGAUGAAGCUCUCGGAGAGGCGAAGGUCCAGGCCGUCAUCGACUAUGUCAAAUCGUCUAGGUUUGACGACGUGAUGUCGCAGGCCUAUCGUAGGCAGUUCAAGCUCGGUAGGUGGUGGAUGAGGCGCGCAUACCUUGACCUUGACGUAAGUGCCUUCACCACUUAUAAAAUUACUGAUGACAUGGCCCGUCAGACCACAGAGGACCUAGACUCCGACGAUGAGGGUGGCAACGAGGAGGCCGAUACUACCGACCCAGCUAACAGCCCCGAGUAAGGCUGAUAAGCCUUCCAAGUAGUUGUGCGUGUACUUGUAUUUUCUUUUCUUGUUUCCUUGUACUUGGGAUUCUGUAAUGAAAUUACA